AACAACUCAUGAGUGAUAGUUGUUCCUUUAUCAUGUUGAAGGGAAACAAAUUAACUUGUGGGAGCUGUCUGCCUCUGACCUUCGUUUCGGUGUCUCUCUGAGACCUUCUUUGGUUGCAAAGUCAACAUCAUCCAAACCACCUCAGAUCCAAAACCUCACGCAUAUCCUUAACUACCCAAUUAUACACUCUAACCCACCAUCCCUCUCCAUUCCUUACUUCGCUGCUGUUCUGUUCUGUUAGUCUUUUUCUUCAUCUCUCUUUCCACACAAAACAAACCAUGUCGGUUAGUUUUCCAGGUUGCGUUUUGUUAAUUGCAGCAUUGUUUCAAAGAUGUAAAAGAUAGAGAAAAUGAGGAUGAGGAACGUAUACCGGAAACCAAUGGCUUUACAUUUCAAUGCAGGGAGCAGAUGUUCUAUAUAUGCCGUGUUAUGGAGCUUGUUAGGAUGCUUUUUUCUGCUUCAGUUGUAUUUGAAUACUCGCCAAAGAGAUGGAAAAGGUGGCAGAGAGGUUCAAUUUCGGGUGACUCAUCUUCCUCAGUUCCGUGAGAUUCAAGAACUGGAAGAGAUACACUUCCAAUUGUCCCCACCACGAGGCAAGAGAUCCCCUCGGGCGCUGAAGCGCAGGCCUAAGCAUCGGACUCCCACUUUGGCAGAUGAACUCAUGGAUGAGAAUUCCCAACUAAGACAAUUAUUUUUUCCUGGUAAAAAGAGUGUUGUAGAUCCGAUGAUUACUACACAGAAUGAUAGCUAUUACUACUACCCCGGGAAGAUUUGGUUGGAUACGGACGGAAAUCCUAUUCAGGCUCAUGGAGGGGGCAUUCUUUAUGAAGAAAAAUCAAGCACAUACUAUUGGUAUGGUGAAUACAAAGAUGGUCCUACAUACCGUGCUCACAAGAAAGGAGCUUAUCGUGUGGACAUUAUAGGAGUUGCUUGUUAUUCUUCUAAGGAUCUUUGGACAUGGAAACAUGAGGGAAUUGUUUUGGCGGCAGAGGAAACAAACAAAUCCCAUGAUCUUUACAAGUCCAAUGUGCUUGAGAGGCCGAAAGUGAUUUACAAUGAGAAGACUCGAAAGUAUGUGAUGUGGAUGCAUGUCGAUGAUGCUAAUUAUACCAAAGCUUCUGUUGGUGUAGCCAUUAGUGAUACACCUGAUGGUCCUUUUGAUUAUCUUGGUAGCCAAAGGCCCCAUGGAUAUGAUAGCAGGGACAUGACAAUUUUCAAAGACGAUGAUGGCGUGGCGUACAUAAUCUACUCCUCCUUUGAUAAUAGCGAACUCCACAUUGGACCACUAACCGAAGAUUAUCUCGACGUUACACCAGACAUGAGGAGGAUUCUUGUGGGAGAGCAUAGAGAAGCGCCUGCUCUCUUCAAGCACCAAGGCACAUAUUACAUGAUCACUUCAGGGUGUACAGGAUGGGCCCCAAACGAGGCUCUGGCUCAUGCGGCCGAGUCAAUAAUGGGGCCUUGGGAAACAAUGGGAAAUCCGUGCGUUGGAGGAAACAAGAUGUUAAGACUAACUACCUUCUUUGCUCAGAGCACUUUUGUGCUUCCCCUACCAAGAUUCCCAGGUUCGUUUAUCUUCAUGGCAGAUAGGUGGAAUCCAGUGGACUUGAGAGACUCACGAUAUGUCUGGUUGCCGCUGAUAGUGGCCGGACCAGUCGACCAACCACUGGAAUACAGUUUUGAAUUUCCUUUGUGGUCAAGAAUUUCCAUCUACUGGCAUAGACAAUGGAGACUGCCUCAGGGGUGGAGCAUAUCUUAAUUAUCCAUCUUCUUUGUACAUUCAUGGAUUUUGAAGACUCACCAACCAAACAUCUUACCAAUUUUGCAUGUUGCUCGCAAUUGCUAGGAAAUUCACUCAUUGAGGACUGUGGACAUUACCUUUCAGUCUCAAGAACAUGCAGUGUUUGAUCAUACCUUUCCAGUUUUUUAUUCAGUGGGAGUCUGCAUUGAUUGAGGGAGUUCAUGUAUAUUGAGAAAGCUAUCCACUGACAGAUGUGUAAUUAAUUAUGUAAAUGAAUUUCUUGGGUUAUCGAUUAUAUUAUGUAAAAUUAUUUCGCAAUCACACAA